UUCCCGGAUAGUCCCUGGGUCUAACUUCAGUUACUUUUCUCUGUUAAGUGACCCCACGUGCAUAUCACGUGAGGGGUAUUUUGGUCAGUUUACUUGUGCCUAACAUAUAAAAGUAUACCUGCACCCCUACUCCCUCAUUGUCAGUUGUUUUCCCUCCCUCCCUUAGUCGAAUCCGGCUCAUCAUCUUCCCCUAAUCUCUUCACCCCAGGUAAACCCUAAAUCUGAUCGAUCGAUCAUCUGAUCAUCAGAAUCUUCCCACGAAAAUGAAGGACGACGAUCCUCAACAUCCAAACAACAACCGUCAGUGGAAUUUCCGGUCCAAUUCUGAGUAUGUGAAGCCGUUUGUACCAGAGACUGUUUACGAUGGUUUUGAGAACUUUUUCAGCAUAAAACUUCUUUAUGGUGGUGUGUUUACUCCGUCACCAGGAAGAAAAUACGCUUUUGGCAAAGCUGCUUAUGUUGACUACUGCAACAUUGAGGAAUUUUUAGUGCAUGAAAUCGAUUGGAUGGUGAGAGAUCUUCAACUAUAUGUUCCUGAUGUGAAGUUCUAUUACCAUUUUAAGAUUCCUGAGUUAGAUUUAGAUGUUGGAUUAUGUCCUUUAGGUAAUGAUGGUGAUGUUAGGCUUUUGGCCAAAUAUGUUGCAAAAAACAAACUUAUUAAGGUGUUUAUAGAACAUGGUGAAACCAAGGUUAAAAAUUACUUUAGUCCGACACAAUCGUCGAAGGUGGUUAUUCAAGAAUUAGAGAAUGAGGGGGGUGCUGUUAAUACCAUUCAAAGGCCUAGAAGAAAGAAACUUAGGGUAUCAAAAAAUCUGUUACUUCAAUGGAAAGAUGUAACUGAUGUAGAAGGUUCAGAGGCUGCUGAUAAGGUAAUUAAUGAUGUAACUGAUGUUGAAGAGGGUAACACAGGUGGUGUAUAGACUGUUAAUGCAGAGGGUAACACAGGUGGUGUAGAGGCUGUUGAUAAGUUAAGUAAUGAAGUUGUAAAUGAAGGUGUAACUAAUGAAGAUGUAGAGGCUAAUGUAGGUGGUGUAGAGGCCAAUGUAGGUGGUGUAGAGGCCAAUGUAGGUGGUGUAGAGGCCAAUGUAGGUGGUGUAGAGGUUAAUGUAGGUGGUGUAGAGGUUAAUGUAGGUGGUGUAGAGGCUAAUGUAGGUGUGGAGAAUGCAUCGUUCCAUAACAGUUUUAGCUAUGAUUUUGACAAUGCAAAUUUCUCAACUGAUUUUCCAAUAGAUGGUGUGUCUAGGCAAGCUGAGGGUGAUGAGUCUGAGGUUGGUCAGUCUAAGCAAGCUGAGGGUGGUGAGUCUGAGGUUGGUCAGUCUAGGCAAGCUGAGGGUGGUGAGUCUGAGCAUGUUGAGGGUGUUGAGGCAAGUGAUGGUGCUGAGGCUGAUGAUGAAUCAACUGAGGGUGAUGAUUCAGAUGACAGUGACUUUGUAGAGGGGUUAGAGAGUAUGGAUGAGGCUGAGUAUGACAUGAUGGACUACCAUGCAAAUGUUGACAGGGGUGUGGAGUUUAUGGGAGCUGAAGUAGAGUCUGUUGGCAACCAUGAUGUGGAUACCAGUGAUGACUUAUUAGAUGAUGAAAAUCUAAGUU